AGCAUAACGCCCACACGUUUAGCACAAAGUGCUCUACUAACAUGGCAUCCUCUCUUCUCUGUUUUGUCUUUGUCCUUCACCUGUUUUGCUGUCCAGCCAGCAGUGCUAGCAGCUCUACUGGUGAUGUGAAGUGGAUUAGAACUGCCAAGGACACUAGUGAUAGGUUGACAGUUCAAACACCUAAUCUGACCUUUUCUUCUGAUUUUAACUUCACUGUUGGAGUUACUAUUAACAGGUCACUCAUGUAUCAGACAAUUGUUGGUUUUGGUGGUGCUUUCACCGACUCUGCCUCUUACGUCUUCUCAAAACUGAACUCCACCCACCAGGCAGCCAUCUUGAACAUGUAUUUCUCAGAGGAUGGUCUCCGAUACAACAUGGGACGCCUCCCGAUUGGAUCAUGCGACUUCUCGUACAAUCACUACACGUACGAUGAGGUGAGAGACGACGAGAACCUUACCCACUUUACGAUUGAACACGAUAAAGGUUAUAUCAUACCGUUCAUUCGAGAGGCUAAUGCUACGCUCAAUAAAUGGAGCAAUGACUCGCUAUAUAUUUUAGCGUCUCCUUGGAGCCCUCCUGCUUGGAUGAAAGUAUUAGACCUGCCGUACUGUCCACUCUCCUGUCUGGAGUGUAGGCUCAAGGACAAGUACAAGAAGACGUGGGCAGAAUAUUUUGUAAAGUUCAUCGAAGCCUAUGGAGGGGAAGGAGUGAGAGUGUGGGGAGUUACAGUUCAGAAUGAGCCAGGAGCAUGCCCAGUGGAAUAUGAAGGCAUGCACUUUGACCCUGAGACUCAGAGAGACUUCAUUAAAGAGUAUCUAGGACCGUCUCUCAGGUCCUCUCACCCGGACGUAAAGCUCUUAAUAUAUGAUCAUAACAAGAACCACGUAGUCAAAUGGGUGGAGACUAUAUUCUCUGAUCCUGAGGCCUCGUCUUAUGCCUGGGGGACAGCGGUACACUGGUAUAGCGGAGACGACUUUGAAAACCUUCAGUCGGCUCAUUCCCUUCAACCUGGUAAACCAAUACUGGCAACUGAAGCUACUGUGGCUCGUGAGAAAAAUCCUGAAAACCCAAAGUGGGAACAUGGAGAGCAUUAUGCACACGAUAUGAUUGGGGAUUUCAAUAACUGGGUGGUUGGUUUCAUUGACUGGAACCUCCUAUUGGACAGAUAUGGAGGCCCUAAUCAUGCUGGACCUCAAGAAUGUGAAGGAUUGAUUAAAUGUGGGAGUGCUGCCAUGAUAUUGGCUGACCUUGAGACACAGGUCCUCUAUCCUCAAGUGUUUUAUUAUUAUGUAGGACACAUAAGUAAGUAUGUUCCUCGUGGCUCGGUGAGGAUCAAUAGUCGUGUGACUGGGAGCAGUAGUCUGGAAUGUGUAGCUUUCCUAACGCCUGAAAAAAGCAUUGUAGUGAUUGUGAUGAAUACUGGGGAUGAGAGUGUAGAGUUUAAACUAGCUGAUGUGGCUACUGCUGGAGCUGCAGGAGAACAAUCUGUUCAAGCACUCAAAGUUCAAGCAUUGCCACACAGCAUACAGACUUUCUUGUACACUUAGAUCAUAUUUAAAUGAUGCGAUUGGUGCAUAGAGAAUGUGUUUUUUUUAAUGUUAUGUAUUAUUAUUCAUUUUUUAUAAGAGCAAGAAAUAGUGCGUGGGUGUAGCUGCAGUAGUACGUACGCCCACGCUUUGACCCCG